CAUUCUUCUCUUUCUCUCUUGUUCUCUUGGCAGAAACCUCCAUUCUUGCCCUAGAGCUUUCACUCAUACAAAAUCAAAGGAAUUGAAGAUACAAAAGUGUGAAAGAAGACAAAAUCAAGUUAUAAGUCUUGAGAUGGCUGCUGGAGGUAAAUCAAAGAAGAAGAAACAAGUUUCACGUAACUUAGGUCGUCUCCCUACCUCUCCACCAUCGGCACAUUCUGGUCCGCAUGUGCCUCCACCUACAUGCCCGUCUUCAGUUCCACCUCCCUUAUACUCUAUACCACACCUAGGGUAUACUGCUCCAUCCUCUGCCCGUUACUAUCUAUCAUCAUAUGUCUUCCCAAGACAUAAAUGGGACGUUUUCAUCUAAACCUGCUUGCCCAUCUAUGCGUACACCUAGACCUACCAUACCCCCAUCAUCUACUCCAGUCAUUCCAUCCCAUGGCAUUCAAUCGUCAUCGUCUCCCGUUAUUCCUUCAUCAUCUUCUCCUGGCAUACCCUCUUAUUCUACCCCUAGCAUGCCCAGAUCUUCUAGUCGGCCUCCAAAGCAUCCUUACAUGCAUUCAUUUGACUCUAUACAUGCUCAGGAUCCUCCAAAUAUUGGAGUAGAUAGCCUUCCGACGUCCCCAUGCAUUGAUAGUGAUUCAGUUACACAGCCUCCUAUACAUGCUCAGGAUCCUCCAAAUGUUGGAAGGUUAGAUGAUCUCAGGAGGUUGAUUAUCGUUCCCGAUAAAUCUGGGUUUCAUCCUUGUACUCAAGUUACAAAAGCUGUGGUUGAGUCAAUGUGUUCAUUUUAUCAUGAACCUUGGAGGUUUUGGUCAGAUGUUCCAUGGAACAUUAGGAACAGGAUGUUUGAUGAAUUUAGGAUGAAGUGUGCUUGGCCAGUUGAACGUGAGGUAGAGGUACGAGGCGUCUUUUUUAAGAAAUGUGCUGAUAGGUUGAGUGAUAUGCUUCGAGAAGCUCGAAAUAAGAAAGAGAGGCCAGGUUGGAUUAUUGAGGAUAUAUGGAUCAAACUAACUGAGUAUUGGGCCUCUAAGGAAUUUGAAAAGAAAAGUGAAUUGGCAAAGGCAGCCCGUUUGUCCGACAAAAGUGGCUCCAUGCACACGGGAGGUUCAAUAAGUAUUGGGGCUCAUCGAAGAAGAUUGAAAAAGUCUUUAAAAAGACCAGCUACUCAAGAUAAGGUAUUUGAGCAUACACAUAUGAAGAAGCUAAAGGAUGGGACAAAGACAACUUGGGUCGAGCCACGGGCCGAGACAACCUAUAAUACUUUCAAACAAUCCUUGGAGGAGUUUGUUCAAAGCCAACCAACUGAUGAUCAAGGAAAUCCAAUCCAACCAUCACAGGAGAAUUAUAUGGACUUGUGGAUUAAGGCGGCUGGUGGCGUACAUAAGGGAAGAGUUUACGGCCUUGGAUCAGAGUUUAGUUCUAGUCGUCGGUCUUUUGGAUCUGGUGGCUCUUCUUCCUCAAGGUCCUCGAUUAAUCAGGAUGAGUUUGAGCUAUUGAAUAGAAGAAUAGCAGAGAUCACUGAGUUGUAUGCACAGGAAAGGGCUGCGCGGGAGGAGGAGGCAAAGCGAAGGGAGGAGGAGGCAAAGCGAAGGGAGGAAGAAGAUAGGGGGAGGGAGGAAGAGGAGAGGCGGAGGGAGGAAGAAAUGAGGCAAAAGGAUGCUGCAUUUACACGUGUCACUAGUGAUGUUGAAAGCCUCAAGGCCCAGCUAAACUACCUCUUAGCAUCUGGUGGAUUUCCUGUGCCACGUUCUCCAUCACGCUCUAACAAGACUAAGGAGUAGUUUCUUUUAUUAAUAUGAUUUUGGGUAGGACUAUAAUGUUGGAUGUUAUGUAUCAAUUGGAUAAGAUUGAAUGUUGAAUUUCUUAUUUGAAUGUUAA